AAAUUUUAUGUCCCACUUUCUUGGGAAUCCAAACCCUAAUCGUCUGAGAGAGGGAACAUGGAAGUGGAGAGAAGAUCAGUGAAAAAGGAAGAAGAAGAAGAAGAAGAAGACAUGAACAAGAACGUAAUGCUUAACCAUAUGGCUCAAAUGGGUUUUAGGUUUUUGGGAUUUGUGUUGAGCUUAGUGGCAGCCAUUGUCGUGGGACUCAACAAACAGUCCAAGGUUGUUCCUCUUACUGUCUCCCUCAACCUCCCUCCUUUGGAUUAUACUCUCACCGCUAACUGGCAUUACUUGUCUGCUCUCGUGUAUCUUUUAGCGACGAAUGUGAUAGCAUGUUCGUACAGCUUCCUAUCGUUCGUUUUUUUGUUAAAAAACAAGAACAAGGACAGCAUCUUAGCGUUAUUGGUAAUUGUUCUCGACACGGUGAUGGUGGCGCUGCUCUUCUCCAGCAGCGGAGCUGCAGCGGCGGUCGGAGUCAUUGCGUACCACGGGAACUCACACGUGCAAUGGAAUAAAGUGUGCGAUGUAUAUGGUAGAUUUUGCAAGCAAAUGGCAGCGUCUACUGUGCUCUCUCUUGCCGGUGCUGUAGUAUUUAUGUUGCUUGUUGUGUUGGCUUCUGUGGGCCUCCAGAAGAGGCCCAAAUAAAUGGGCUGGGCUUUGGGCCUGUAUUUAAAGCUUCUUCACGGCCCAUCUAAAUGGGCUUUGGCUCUAUUCCUCACAGCCCAAUUUAAAGGUUAGGUUAUCAGUUGUGGAAUUGAAAAUGUUACAAGAAGACUAUUUAUGCAUUAUAUUUUUAUUUACCUCAA